AUGUCCGAUAGUGCUAGUAUCCGACGUCAAAUCGGAUUUUUCAAGAAGCAAUUGCAAAAGUACUGCUCAGACGCAAAUGUUUCAUUGAGGGAAUACGACAUUUCCCCUACUGCCCCACAACUCGAAGCUCUCAGCGAUGACGCUAUCGAAACCUUUCGACUGGAAAUUACUGCAAUCCGAUCCAACCUGCUCAAGGCUUAUGCCAAAAUUACAAAAUUGGACGAGGAAUGGAAUGCACUUCAGCAAGCCAGCCCCGAAGAGCAACAGGUACUCGCCGAAUACCUUAAAAAGUAUGGUGAUUAUCAUGUUACUGUUGCUGACGCUGUCAAAUGGUUGGAAACUCUUGACGUUUUGUUGAAUUUCAUCGAUCAAGACUUUACUCGCCGCCACCUCACUCUUUCAUCCAUUUCUUCUGAAACUCACACACCAGACGAAGAUCAACCUUGGAACCGAGGGACAAAUCUCCAUGUCCCCGCCAUUUCGCAACCUACCGAUGUUUCUCUUCUAAAUUUUGUUGAUGCCUCCAUCCUCUCCAAACUUGAACUACCCACUUUCGAUGGAAAUCUUCUCGAUUAUCCCGAAUUUCAAUCCCGAUUUGCUACCUUAGUCGGAAACAAAGUCCAACUGGACGACACUACCAAAUUUUCGCUUCUCAAAUCAUGUCUCCGAGGAAAAGCGUUGCAAGUCAUCCAAGGUUUAUCCAUGACCCCUGCCAACUAUAAGGUAGCAACGGACAUUUUGCGAACUCAUUUUGAUGAUAAAGUCACACUCAAGCAUAUACUGUACACGAAGCUUGCAUCUCUACCACCGUGUGACCCGGAGGGCCGCAAUCUUCUCCCUCUUUACAAUCAGAUGUUUUCGCUUGUGAGACAGUUCUCUAACGGUAAUGACGAAUCAACAGAGAAAGCUCUCGCUGCUCUUCUCCUCAACAAACUUCCUCCUCGUGUGAAAAGUCAAAUCUACGAUCAAACUCAACAUGACCACAAUGUUUUACCGUUAGAAUUGCUUCAUCUACUCACGAGCACAGUUCGCAAAGAAUCCACUCUUUCGGAAAUGGAACUCUAUUCGAAAUCGUCCUUCUCUAAUCCACUUCGCUAUCCUCAUCAAGGAACCUACAUUACCAAGAAACAACCACGGUCUCAUUCACCAAAAUCCGUCAAAUUUCGCCAAGGUUGUCCCUUUUGCGACUCACAGCUCCAUUCUGCCGUAAAUUGUACCCGCUAUGCUACACCACAACAACGCUUUCAACAAGCAAAAAAGCGGAGAUGUGCUAUAACUGUCUAUCUCCUCGUCAUAGCACCAAAGAAUGCCCUUCAAAAUUUCAUUGCCGGCUUUGUUCGAGAAGACAUCACACAUCUCUAUGUUCAUCCUCGAGAAAAUCAUGCUGUUCAUUUUGACAACAUCAUCCAAACCUCUUGUGCAGAUGAAGAGACGAAGAAAACCCAGGCAACCCCUACCUUCGACCGAAACCCACAGGACAUCACUCUCACAUCAUCUCAGAGAAAUUCACCAGCUCCUUUGAUGUGUACAGAAGUCAGAAUCUUUAAUCCUGAUAAUCCCUCCCAUUCUCUCACUACAACGGCUUUUCUCGACUCCGGCUCAACCACCACCUAUAUUACCAACGAUCUUGCUGCAGUACUCGACUUACCCGCCAUCGAGACGGAAACACUCAACGUCGCAACUUUUGGCGAACCCAUAGAGAUAGAAUCUUCGACUUUCCGAUUAGGAAUUGAGACCGAAAACGGCAACAGAUGUUUCACGGUAAAAUCUUCCCCUUCGUUACCAAAUGAAGUGAUGCAAGUAACUCCCGGCUAUGAACCUUCUGUAACGACAUGCAGUCCAUCGUUACUGAUCGGAAACGAUUACUUUUGGGAUCUCGUACUAUCUCACAAUUUCUACUACAAAAGUCUUCCGGAAGGAUAUCGUCUCCUGCAUACUAGCAUUGGUGAUAUCAUUUUAAAAAGAGCAAUUGACAUGAAAAUGAACGAAUGCAGUUUUGUUUCCAUUGACAGUGACAAUGACGACGCUGCAAAUCCUGCAAAUCACAAUGAUCUUUGUGAGCUUGUCAGUCGUUUCUGGAGACUAAAGUCGAUCGGAAUUUUGGACAACCCCGAUCAAAGUGAUGACGAAGAAUGCCUCAAACAUUUCAAUGACACCAUCUAUUACGACUCCACUGAGAAGAGAUAUGUUGUCACAUUACCGUUCAAAACGGACCCCAGCACAAUUCCAGACAACCACGCCCUAGCCUUUUCGCGUUUAUGCAACCAAGUAAGAACUUUACAAGAAAACCCCACAUAUCUAGGGAAGUAUCACGCCGUCAUAGAAGAUCAACUACAGCGGAACAUCAUUGAAGAAGUAUCACUUAAAGAAAUUCACCAACCGUGUCAUUAUCUGUCCCACCACGGUGUUCUGAAAAAAGACGACAAGAACCUGAAGAUUCGUUGUGUUUACGAUGGUUCUGCGAAAAUGAAAGGACAGAUGAGUCUUAACGAAGCUCUACAUAGAGGCCCAGUUCUCCUUCCUGAUCUCGUCGGAAUCCUUCUCCGCACUAGACUGUGCAAAAUACUGAUAUCCAGUGAUAUCGAAAAAGCUUUUCUUAUGGUCGGUUUAAACCACAAAUCACGGGAUUACACCCGAUUUCUCUGGCUGAAAGAUCCACAUAGGCCUCCUACUCCAGCAAACUUGGUUACCUACCGGUUUACACGAGUCCCGUUUGGACUAUGUUUCGUUAAUGCCUGCUCUGCCAUGCUGUCACUUACACCACAUUUCGAAGCCCAAAGCCCACGACAACUCCAAGAUGUCCGCUCUCUACGUCAACAAAUCAGCAUCGCAAAACAACAACUUCUUCGAGCCAUAGAAGAGACAAACCGUGAGUGUAUAGAAAUUUCUCAACUUCAGACUCUCAACAAUGACGAGCUACUCAACACUUACGAAGGCCACACGUCUGCGCAUGACUCACUCCUUCGCACAUAUAGUCACAUCUAUCACUUAUGGAACGAAUGGCAGAAGUUGAUACUAGUGAACCAGCAAGAAAAUCAAGUACUAGAACAGUACGUAGCCACACAUGGCAAUUUCCGGCAGACGUUGGAAGAUGCCGUCGAUACACUUCAACGAUUGGAUCACGAACGACCGCUAUUGGAAGGCGAACUCAAGCGAAAAACAUCAAUUUCGAACCCUACGAAUCCGAUGCCGAUUCGUUAUCUUCGGAAAUCCCACACUCCGAAGGACGUCUAG